UCCAGAAUCAAUGGAUGUCUAACGCGAUGCCUCCACUGAACUCCUCUUCCCCCUCCUCCUCCCUCGUGCUGGUGUUGGCCCUUUUCUAUCAGCAUCUCGCUUCUCUUCUCUUUUGACUCCUAUACUCUCUGCAUCAUCCCCCGUUUGUCUCUGUACUCUCGCACCAUUUGAUCCCUACUUCGAUCCCGACCGGGAAACCCAGGGUCAAUCUCAAGCCCGCAAGUGGACUGAUCUGCGUCUUAACGUGGAUUUAAUUUACCGUCCCCACGGCCCCGUCCGAAAGCUCGAGAGCUGUCACCGCGUCAGGGGCUCGACUGGCUCCGUUGGCUCGAACUGGCUCGACUGGCCCUUCCCUCGGCCUCCGCUCGACGCCUAGUGCACUUCUGCCUCCUUUGCCCCCCCUCUCCCUCAACGGGUCGUACGGGUCUACGGGCCUUCUCCUAUUCUGGCGAGAAUUCCUUUUUAUUACAUCGUGCCCGGUCUCUGAUUCUAUGACCCAUUCCCUCCCCCUCCUCCUUCUCUGACUUUAAUCCUCUCUACAAUAUCUCCCCCUCCUCCUUUCCACAACCUCCCACCUACCAACUGAACUUGCCAACUACUCUGUCACUCCUUACAUACCGAUCCCGACUACGGUACUCCGCCCAAUACACACCGUCCCGGUUCCAACUAAUGGGAGCAACGCUGCCUCCUUACUCGCUAUAACUGCAUUCCUCGAUGCGCGUCGGCCCCAAUUGACUACCUCCCCGUAUCGUCGUGGGAUCUCCGCCCUAAAAGUCUCCCCCCCCCUCUAAUACCUGCUCUCUUCAUCUGCUGGCAGAUCCGAAGAGAUACCGUUCACUAUGACCGUCACAUACGAUCCUCCCUCUCGAGGGACGCACGCAUCCAUGGCCAGCCUGGAAGAGCGAUUUCAGGUGAUGAAAGAGGUCGGCGAUGGUAGCUUCGGCAGCGUCGCCUUGGCUCGUGUACGGACUGCCGGUGCUCACAUUGCGCGACGAGGGACGAUGGUCGCUAUAAAAACGAUGAAGAAGACUUUCGACUCUCUAGGCCCAUGUCUGGAGCUCCGGGAAGUCAUCUUCCUGCGCACACUCCCCGUCCACCCUCAUCUCGUCCCCGCGCUCGACAUCUUUCUCGACCCGCUCACCCGCAAGCUACACAUCUGUAUGGAGUAUAUGGAUGGUAACCUGUACCAAUUGAUGAAGGCCCGCGACCACAAGUACUUCGAAGGCAAGCACGUCAAGAGCAUUCUGUACCAGAUCUUGUCCGGAUUGGACCACAUUCACGCCCACCACUUCUUCCACCGCGACAUCAAGCCCGAGAACAUUCUGGUAUCGACGUCUGCCCCCAAUGACUCUACCUUCAGCCGCUACUCCAACCUCGUCACUCCCCCAUCUACCCCUCCCACCUACACCGUGAAGAUUGCCGACUUUGGUCUCGCGCGUGAGACGCACUCCAAACAGCCCUACACCACCUACGUCUCGACCCGCUGGUAUCGGGCUCCUGAAGUGCUCCUGCGUGCGGGAAUCUAUUCCGCCCCCGUCGAUAUGUGGGCCGUUGGCGCCAUGGCCGUUGAAAUCGCUACGCUCAAGCCGCUGUUCCCCGGCGGCAAUGAGGUCGACCAGGUGUGGCGCGUUUGUGAGAUUAUGGGUAGCCCUGGUAACUGGUACAGCAAAUCUGGUGCAAAGAUUGGCGGUGGUGAGUGGCGCGAAGGUUCUCGACUGGCCCACAAGCUGGGAUUCACGUUCCCCAAGAUGGCACCGCACUCCAUGGAUACGGUUCUCCAGCAGCCACAAUGGCCCGCUGCGCUCGCCGAGUUCGUGACCUGGUGUCUUAUGUGGGAUCCCAAGAAUCGCCCAACCUCGACCCAGGCACUCAAUCACGAGUACUUUGCCGAUGCGGUUGACCCAUUGCGGCCCAAGUCUUCUACUUCUUCACGUCUACUAGGCCGCAAGCCUUCCGACAGGAGCUUCAAGUCACCCACUUUCACUCCCAGCGACUCCCCCACUCUUUCCUCCAAGCCUUCGUGGUUCCGCCGCUCAUUGAUUGGCCGGUCCGAGAGUCCCGUCCCGACUCUUGAUGGCGAUAGCCCUGCUAGACCUCCUGCUGUCACUUACCACACCGUUCCGGAAAUCCAACCAGCCAAGCCCCGCCCCGCCAACACCAAACGGGCAACCUGGGCCAACGGUGCCCCCAUGCCUAUUCUACCUUCAAUUCGCCCCGUGUCUCCUCUCUCCAACUCCGUGACCGCCCAAGCGAACGCCACCGUCGCACACGGCGAGGCCUUGAAGCCUUCCGAGUCCGACCAGAGCAACAAGAAAAUUGGUCGUCAAUUGUCCGUCAACUCGAAUGGCAAUCACUACUCUGAUGUGCACCGACAGGAAGCCGAACGUAUGCUCAAUGGCUCUGGUCAGACUACCCCAACAACCAAGGAGAGCUUCUUCUCGCACCUGCGCAAGCGUGCGCGCCGACUCUCUGGACGUAACCAGGCCAACCCUGCGGUGGAUGAUGUCGAGGCUAAUGCUGGCUGCAUUCCCUGGUCCAACCGCUCAUCAAUGGCUCUCGAUGGAAACAACCCGGGCGAGCCCAAGCCACACUCCGACCUGAGUGAGCUGGACAAGGCUCUCCAGAGCGUCAAGUACGCUUUGGAUACGUCUACUCUUGGCAACAUACCUGUCCACCUCAUGAACAGCUCCGACAACGUCAUGAAGCGGCAGUCAAUGCCCACCAGUAAUCCCGCCCCUAUCUCAAGCCGGACCCGGCGAGCGAUGCAGAUGACAAGCCACCCGGUCCACCGGUAUGAGACACCAGAGGAAGAGGACGAGCUGCUGGAUGAGGUCCUGCAUUCUGCUAGCAAGGCGGCCAAGCGUCUUGCUCAGGCACAAUCCUUGACUUCCCAUGCUCCUGAUGUGAGCCAACGACACACCGAUGACUCGCACGCACUUCCCAGCCCCUAUCCCACUCCUUCGCCAACCGCCAGAGCCGAUGGCUACUUUGAGACUCCCGUCAAGCCGAGCGUGGCCAAGGCCGGUAACGAAUCCUCCAACCGUCAAUGGCCCACUCCUCCUUACGAAGAGGCCGAGUGGAACAACAAGGCGACCAGCUUGCACUUCCCUUCUGCAUCCAACUACAUUUAAAUCGAGAACCAUCUCGACACCUACCCUCAAUCAUUUCGAAUCAACCCUCUUCAUACCUACUCCAUCACCAUCCACCGUCUAUCUGCAUCUUUGUCUCCCUCUUCCCUACUCGGGUUGAGAUGAGACACACCAAAAAUUACGCCAGAGCAUACGCCAAAAAGCGGACACAAACCGAGUUCAGGCGUAUUGGCUGUUUUCUUCGUUUCGGGAUCUUCCUUUUCCAUCUUUUCUCACGGUUGGGCUUUUUCCGGAUUUGAUUUGAUCUUUGCGUUGGCGAGCAUGGUUUUUGAUCUCCCUCAUUUCUUAUCUUUUUUUUUCAUACCCCCAAAGGCCUUUUUUUGAUAUAGAUAGAUCCGGCCUCCCACUUUGUGUUGAUUCGCCCCUUUUUUUCGGAUUAUCUGGAGUCCUUUCGUUUGCGAUCCUCAUCUGGCGUUGCACAUUUUCCAUUUCUUUCACUUUCGCUCAUCUUGAUACCACCUCGCGCAAGUCGCAUUAUAUAUCACUCCCUGCACCUCCCACAAUCUACAUCAUCCUGCAUUGCACAUUUUGCCUAUCGGCUUCAUUUUCCGAUGAACAUGGUCUUUCCUAUUUUCCUUUUGUCCAUACUUCUUUCAUACAUUGUACAUUGUCUCUGGCUCCUGCUCCUGCUCUUCCCACUUUUGUCAAUCUCUUGCCUCCCUCUGCCACCCCCUCACUCUCACUGUCUCGCUCUCUAUACAUCUCUCGUUUCCAUUCCUCGUCGUCGAUCGGAGUUGGAAUCUCUCGCUCAUUCCUUCACUUUCUUGUACCAUUUUACCAUACCUUUUUUAGGCUCUGCCUCGACUGAUGCACUAGACUGGCUGGGAUUUUCCGGUCUGGUGGCUUUAUUUGAUUGUAAUAUAUCUCCUACGGCGAUUGGGCUAUUAUAUAUACACCUGUCAUGCAUAAUAUUCAUCCCCUCUACAUAUCUAUUGAUUUCUCUUUCUAUGUAUAAAGACCCGGGCACGGAAGCCGUUACAGAUGAUUUGAAAUGAGCCUUG